AUGCCACCUCCAGUGAAAAUUGAGCAUAGGGCCUAUUGGGCAGUUAAGCAGUAUAACAUGGAUUUCACCAAGGCGGGUGUAGCCAGGAAAUUGCAACUAGAGGAGCUUGAGUGUCUUAGGAACGAGGCAUAUGAGAAUGCUCGAAUCUACAAGGAAAAGACUAAGGCGUUUCAUGAUCACCAUAUUCGGAAGAAUGAUUUUCAAGAAGGUGACGAGGUUCUCCUCUAUAACUCGAGGCUCAGAUUCAUGCAUGGCAAGCUCCGUUCAAGAUGGAAAGGACCCUUCAAGGUGAAGGAGGUUAAGCCCUACGGAGUGAUGGAAUUGUUUGACCCCCGAAGCAAUGCAACUUUUAAGGUGAAUGGACAUAGAGUGAAAAAGUACCAUGUCUACAAACCAUCAAAGGAGUUAGAGGUGUUCCUGCUUACGAAUGCACUAAGAGGAGGGGAAGCUUAA